AUGGACCAUGUUGCCCUUUAUGGUCCUAAAAACUGGAACUACAUUGUAGAGAAGAUGCAAGGAAGAACAGGCAAGAGUUGCAGAUUGAGGUGGUUUAACAAGCUAGAUUCAGCGUUGAGGAAGAAGAGAGGCUACUUGCAGCUCACAGAGCAUUUGAAGAGACAAUGCUUUAAAGAAUCACUGGCAUGUGCUCAUGGAAAGAAAGUUGAGGCAGCAAUCAAUGAGUCUUCCUAUAAUCCUACUUCAGAUCACAAAGCUUCACUCUCCCUCCUGGUAUUGUAG